UAGAGUCGUGUGCGGAGAUGACCAGCAGAAAAUUGUUUGAUUUUGCGGGCGCUCGCAGCUGUCCUGAUAAGGAAAAACGCCACCAAUCAAGACGGCCACCUUCGGGAGCAGCCAGGCUUGAUAUCCACGGGUAGUAAUCUGCAAUCGCUUGCGCCCUCUCCUUCUUCCAGGACGAGGGUGCGAGUGUAAAGCUACUCGUAGACUUGCAACCCUCAUCGAAUUCCACUGGACGCGCCUGGGCACGCGAUCGCCAACCCCGCCGUGGUGCUAGUGACCCCCACCGAGAUUCACGACUCGACGCUUUCCCACUCCACCCAGAAAGCGUCCACAGAAUAGUGCUCCUUGCCCAUGGAUUCUACGACAGAUGCUCCGACACAACUCGAGGGCCAGUCCAAAGGCCGCAGGAAGAAGGAGAGCGGAACCAUCUCCAAGAGAAGAUGUAUCUCAAGUGCGUGUGUGCCGUGCCGCAAGAGGAAGUCGAAGUGUGAUGGCUCUACACCUUCCUGCUCCGCUUGCGCUGCCGUGUAUAAUACAGAGUGCGUCUACGACCCUAACUCCGAUCACCGGCGGAAGGGCGUGUACAAGAAGGACAUCGACAACCUGAAGACGCGCAACUCGACCCUGCAGACCCUAGUCCAAGCCAUCCUGAACUAUCCCGAGGAUGAGGUCGCUGUGCUGGUGCAGCAGAUUAGGACGUGCGAGAGUCUGGAUGCCGUCGCCGAGGCAAUAAUGGCGAAGGAGAAUGGGAUGGAGGACGACGACGAUGAGCCUGUGUCACCAUUCACUAACAACGAUCCCUCGGUACCGACGUUCGAGUCCCAGCUAUCAGGGAAUAUGGGAGAGCUCCGACUCGAGGACGGCUCUACAAGAUACAUAGGUGGAACGUCACAUCUGAUCUACGUCGGCGGGGGGACAGACGGGACAGACGGGACAGACUCGCCGGCAUCAUACUCGAACGUGGACCAUUACCAGCAGCAGGAGGACCCGCUUACGUCGUGGACCGAAGUAACCUCGGACCCGGAGCUCGUUCUUCAUCUAGUGAACAUGUAUUUUUGCUGGCACUAUAGUUUCUUCACGACCCUUUCAAAAAGCCUCUUCUAUCGGGAAUUCUUACUAGGGAAACCGCCACCGGGCUCCCGGCGGAAAACGGAGUAUUGUACACCACUAUUGGUCAAUGCCAUGCUCGCGCUGGGCUGUCACUUCACAUCAUGGCCUGGCGCGAGGGUAGACCGGAACGAUUCGGCGACGGCAGGAGAUCAUUUCUUCAAGGAGGCCAAGAGAUUAAUCAUGGAGGGUGACUUGCAUGAGGUGCCGGCACUGACCACUGUCCAAGCACUGGCACUCAUGUCUGUAAGAGAAGCUGGAUGUGGGAGAGAAGCUAAGGGCUGGGUAUAUAGCGGCAUGAGCUUCAGGAUGGCCUGCGACUUAGGCCUGAAUCUAAACUCGGGCGGCAUGCAGUCGAGCAAAAGCGCUAUGGACGAAACGGAGGAGGACGCCAGGAAAAUCACGUUCUGGGGCUGCUUCUUAUUUGACAAGUGUUGGUCGAACUAUCUCGGACGACUACCACAGCUCCCUAAUUCCAUCAUAACGGUACGGAAGUUUGACGUCUUCCCAGUCGAGGAUGCUGGUAUCUGGUCUGCAUAUACGGACUCGGGGUUCAGCCAGGCACAUGCACAACCUUCGCGAACACGAGCAGUCGCCCUGCAGAUAUCUCGGUUAUGCGAGAUAUCUAGCGAUCUCAUGAAUUUCUUUUACAACCCCAUAGAUAUGGAUAAGGCAAAGGGGAAACAAGCUGAGCUUAAAAAGCUUAGUGAAAUUCACCAGCGGCUCGAAACGUGGAGACGAGAGCUUCCAAAAGAGCUGGAGCCGAAGGAAGGCGGUUUGCCAAGUAUACUUGUGAUGCACAUGUUCUUCCAAAUACUAUACAUCCAUCUAUUCCGACCGUUCCUCAAAUAUAAUCAAAGCACCUCUCCGCUCCCUGCGCACGUCUCUCCGCGGAAACUUUGCACUCAGGCAGCCCAAAUGAUAUCUAAGCUACUUCGGCUUUACAAGCGAUCGCAUGGAUUACGACAGAUCUGUAACAUCGCCGUCUACAUAGCUCACUCAGCUUGUACGAUACAUCUCCUCAAUCUCCCAGAGAAAAAUGCCCGCCGAGACAUUAUCCAUGGCGUCAAGCACCUAGAAGAGAUAGCAGAGGGCUGGUUAUGCGCUCGCCGGACUCUCGGUAUCCUCAGCAUCCUCGCCAAAAACUGGAACGUUGAGCUUCCCGAAGAAGCCGUGACAGUCUUGGCCCGCACUGAUGCGAAGUUCGGUCCGUAUGGCGAAGCAAACACGCCAAAAGCCAUGGUCCGCGAACCCAAAAAAUACGAGGAGAAUCCCACUUCCGGAUCACCUCUCCUCCCAGCGUACAGCAUGCCCAUGUCUACCGCAGCAACAUCAACCACCACCUUCUUUGACAAACACGGCCUCCCAAUUUCAGCCCUCACUUCCGAAGCCCUCCGUCGCGGUUCCGAAAACCGCUCCUUACCACCCAACGACGCCUCAUCCAUGGCCUACCCACGCGUCGUUCGCCACCCCUCCGACAACAUCAACGCCUCUACACCAACCAGCACCGCAGGUAACAACCGCCAAUCUCUGGACAGCACCACCAAUUCCUCCGGCAACAGCCCGUCCCAGCUCUUCGGGGGCGUCGAUGCGCUCAUCCGCGAAAGCCAAGACUGGUGGCUGCGUGAUCAGAGCCAGUUAGCCGUGGGCUUUGAGAAUUGGAAUCUCAGUGCCGAGGAUCUCGCUUGGUUGAAUAGCUCGGUGAUUGGUAGCCCUGCGGCUUCCGUGAACAGUUAUGCGACCGGCGAGGUUAAUGGGAGUGGCGGGGCAAAUGCGAAUGCGAAUGCGAAUGGGGUCAAUAAGACUGCCGCCGUGGUUAAUGGCGUGAGUGGAUAUGGUAGUGCGCUGAAUACUUAUAAUGAGCAGGAGUGGUAUCAAUGAGCAUCGUCCGAGAUGUUCGAUAGGUGUUGGUUGUCCGUCUCCUUGGUCGGUGGAGCAAUAGGACCUAGGUAGGAAUAUUGGUAGGUAUAGGCUUGGUGUUAGUACUAGUGUGAACAGAAGUGUAUGUUGUUUGUUGUAUAUGAAUCACGAUUCGAUCGCUGUUACGGCUACUUGGUUUAGGAAUACCUGGAAAUUAUCUCCUGAUGCCCGAAAAGAAGAUGGUCUGUCACCAGGUGUGGAGCUUAUUGGUGUCAGGACGGGCAGACAAACAAGUUUUGGUGUCUCUGUUUGUGUUUGUGUUUGUGUUUGAGGCUUAUUUAACGAGAGAGGGAUGAUGAUGAUAUUGAUGAUGUAUGUAGUACACGUGGAUAUUGGUAUGAGUUUUUGAGAACGGUGGGAAACAGUUAGUGGCUUUAAUUGUAUACGUUUUCACUCU